UUCGAUAUUCAUCCAGUUUGAAGAGGCCAAACGUCGGGUGCACCGGCCGGGGUGACUGGGCGAGACCCACGAGACUGCCAUGGAGGGUGACGAGACGUGACACAGACAUGGGGAGUGGAAACUCUGCGCUGAAGCACCAGCUGACCGACAAACAGGAUGCAUCCGCUGAGCUCACCCAAGAUUGUCCAGGCGGCCGAGACUCCAGCGGAGCUAUGGAAGACAAGAAAUCCAGAGGUGCCAGAAGUGAUCCGGAAAGCUUGGCUGACCUGAGGUGCCAGGCUGAGACGAUGUGGAAGUCCAAGCUGGGAAAUGUGGAGCUCCUGGACCGGCAGAGCUACGUCGAACUGCUGCAGUCCGUCGGUCACACAUUUCAGGAGGCGAACAUUCUUCUGAAGGAGUGUCCAGGCAGCUCGUACAUACGUGUGAAGGAUUUCUUGGACUUCCUUUUCGCCUCGCCAAAGGUGGACAAGGAAGAUGUGCCGACAUCACUGCAGAGCAGAGAUGACGGAGAGAAGACGGAGAAGGCCAUGAUCGACUCGUUACAGGAGGCCCUUGCUGCAUCAGAGAAGCGUGCAGAUCAGCAGGCCCAGUUGCUCGAAGAGCUUGCAGAAAAGGUUCGGCAGCUACAAGCCACCCAGGCCCACAAACAAGAUGCAUUGUCUCCGGCAUCACUGUUGCUGGACAAGCAGAAGGAGAUGAUGGAGCAAGCUUUGGCCCUGCAAGAACAGUUUGAGGAAGAUGAAGCACUGGAGGAAGAUGAGGAACUCCAGGAAGAAGGGGGGUCAAAAUUAAAAGAGGAAGAGAAAGAGGAAGAAGUGCAAGACGAAGAGGAAAAGGAAAAGAGUAGCAGGCGUAGAGAGGUUGAUCAGGCAAAGCACUGGAGAUUCCAGGGCAUUGCUUAUGGAGCCUCAGGAAACUUCAAUGAGAUGAAACAAUUGCUUGAGAAAGCCUUGGCAUUGUUUCACAAGCACUAUGAAGAGGAGCAUCCAGAGAUUGCAUUAACAUUGAUAUUCCUUAGCAAAGCCUACCAGUCUCUGAAAGAUCAUGACAUGGCGAAGAAGGAGCUUUACGAGGUCGGAAAGAUCUUGUCAUUCCACAAGAGGCUGAUUUUACCGCUUCGCUUCACAGUGAAAGAGGGCCCUUCAGUGCUGCGCUACAUCGAGGAGGCGACAUUUCUAGGCCGUUUCAAAGCAGGAGCCAAAUUUAUCUAUGCAUCCUACCCAGGCAAAUUCAAAGGUGGGUGGCACAUACUCGUCAGUGACGAUGGUGAGUACAGUGAGGAGAGUGUGGCCUGCGUCUACUGCUGCACACGACAAGAAGGUUUGGGUGAACAUGUUCCUGACCGAAGGGACUCCAAAGCUCCCUGUUACUGUCGGCGGAUCUAUGGAGAGGGGAAUCCUAAGAACAGGAAUCACAUCACGUUUGGAUACCUCUUCGAAGUUGGGCCGCCGUACGAUGAUGCGGAGCACAUGAAGAAUGCCCGAGAAACUGCAGCUGCCAUGAAUGCCGUUCUUGUCCGCAAAGAUGCCAGUCCAAAGGAAUACCGGGAGGCCGUUGAAAAAGCCAAAAAAGCGUGGUCAGAUCAUGGUAAACGUCCGGCUUGGGGGUGCAAAUGGUACGAUGUGUGGUUCGACAACAUGGAAAAGGGAGUGGAUACAGGACAGAAACCGGUAGUCGUUUACUAUCCCAAUAUGGUUGGCCUGGGCAAGGUCUCAAUGGAAGACUUGUCGAACCCUGACGUGCCUUUGUGGGAUUCGGACUCCUCAAACCGGGGUCUAGGAGGAUCCCAGAAAGUGGAGGUCGCGACCAUGGACUGCAUGAGACAACAACAUGGUCCUGGUUCUGCCAGGGAUUACAUCGAGAUGGAUGUUACAACAUUCAUGAAUCUGUCUCUGUCUGUCGAUGAUAGAGUUAUAGGCUGGAACGAGGACAAGGGCAAGUGGAUGAGCGGAGUGAUCACAAGGAAAGGAGAACUUGAGCCACGUAACAAAGAAGACGCGUGUUUCAGGUGGACAGUGCAGGUCCAUGAGUCUGAAGAGUGUUUCGAAACCAGCCGAAUCCGACCUGACAAGGGUGAAAUGGAUGGGCUUGAGGAGAAGUUGGUACAGAAAGAUUUCGUCAGAUCAUUGAAAAAGUCCCUCCCAAAAGGUCAGCAACUCAUCAGCACCUGUCCCAGGAAGGAAUGGCUUCAGGAUGGCGCCCCUGCCAUGACCUUCGACAUUCGAAGCCAAGAUGUUGCAUCAAUCCAAAAGCUGUGCAGCGAUGUCCUGUGUGGUGAUUUCGAAGUCUCCUUCAACAGAGCUGCCUUCCAGCAUCAGACAAACACGGCUGGCUCUCCUGGUGAGAAGAUUGACUAUUGGCAGCUGCAGGUCAACAAGACGGAGUUUGUGAAAGCCUACAAAAGCAUGCUCAUGAGCUCGACGAGACUCACCCCACAUCAACAAGAUCGACUCUCCAAGCUAGAUGGAAGUCAACAUUUCCACUUGAAAGCAGCCGCUGGUUCCGGAAAGACCUUUGUCGCCGCUCACAAGGUGGUCAACACUUUGCUUGAGAAAGAUGAAGGACGGGUGUUAUUUGUAGCUCCCUGCAAGUCGCUGUGCCUUCAUUUUGUGCGAUGGCUUUUGGCAAUGGAUACAGGAUUUGGUGCUGAAGAACGUAUUUGCUCUCGCCUCAAACUGAUGUGCGAACCCUACAAGAGCUUCAUGACGGUGAGCGUCACUGACAAGAAGCAACUGCAGCUUCCAGAAGAGAAAAGCUCCGUCGAAGCACAGUUCAUCCUUGCCGUCGUAGAUGAGGCUCACGACAUAUUCCGCUCAGAUGUCGAUCAGGGAUUGCUGAAAGAAACUUUGCGGAGAUCCAAUCAAUGUAUCCUACUUUCCGACCUAUCUCAGUCUUCCGCGUGGGAUCAGAAUUACCAUGACCUUGGUCACUAUGACGAAGUCUACCUCACGCAGAAUGUGCGCAGCACCGAGCGAGUUGUGCUGGGCGCAAAGCCGUUUCAAUUGAGUCCCGAACAUGAGCAGGGAGAUGUGGUUUCCAUCGGCUCCAAUGGCCCUCCGUUGAAGACCUACAUCUUUGAGAGAGAAGAGACAGGAUCGCCACCAUUCCAAGAAUACUGCCGGCACAUCAUAGCAGCUCUCAAACAUGUCGUGUCUUCCUAUCCGGGCCUGAGCUUUCACCACAACGUAGCCAUCAUUGUACCAGACCUUGAUUUCCUCAAUAGCUUUCAAGAGCAUUUGAAAAAGGCUCUCAAGGAAGAGAUUGUACAGACGACGCUUUCCAAAAGAUUGGGCCUCAUCAGCUUUGAGGAGUCGCUCUCCUACCUGGUCUCGCCCGAUGCAGCGGACGAGGGCUCCAUUGAGGAGCUUAUUUUGGAUUCCAUCGGCAAUGCCAAGGGACUAGAGCAGCUCAUUGUUAUAGUGGUUGGCAUGGACGCUCAAAUCAAAUCCCAAGGUGAUGCACAUGACUUGGCAACACGUGCCCGCUUGUACCAAAGCAUCACGCGGGCUCAGUUGACCGCGGUUGUGGUCAAUGAACUUUUACCAGAUGGAUGGCUUGCACAUUUGGCUACAUGCAAGUUGAAAGAAGGCCAGUUUCAGAAGCAAGAAGCACACAUGGAAUCCGAUACAGCGGUGGCCACCAAAUUGGUGCAAGAGAUUCAAGCAAGGGGGCCUGAAGAACGCCCUGCACACAGAGAAGAUCCACCCUUGGAAACUAUUGCCACUGCUUUGCCGAAUGGUUCGGAAGAACCCGCUGCCUCAGCUCCUUCACGAUCUCCAAGCAAACCUUCAGCUCCCCCAACUGAGCAGAAAAAGACAGUGAUCGGGAUGCGUCCCAGUUCCGUGUGGGACACCAGCCAAAACAGCACUCCCUCGCCAAUCUACGACCUGAAGUUCGACCCUAUGAAGCCCCAAUCUGCAUUCAAGAUGCUGAAGUCUCAGCUGCGCCAAGUUCCUCUACCCGCCACUUGUCCCUGCCCCGAGGAUGUUCUCGUUUGCUGGUACAACUCGGCUGAUGAGAAGCUCAGUGGUGGCGAACUCCAAAGACGGAAGCGGCUCUAUUUGUUCCACCGCAACGGCGCCUUUCUUCGGAGAGAGGAUUUCUGGUUCUUCGCCGCCUCGGAGGCGUCGGAGGACCCGGAGCUUGCCGCCCGCGCCGUUCGGGGCGCUACCAGGUACAUUUUCGAGGGCCGCUACGCGGUGGCACCGGCCGAGCGGCGGGUGACGGUCACCUGGGAUCGACGUGCUUUUGCCGACUGCACCGGAGCCGCCGCCGCACCCAGAGAGGUGCGCUUCGGGCCGUGGGGUGCAUUUGGUCGUGGUGAUGGGUUCGUCUACGACCUGGAAGAGUUGUCCGAAAGGUCAAAGAGGCCGGGCGUGAAGCCGUUGGCCUGGCCGGAUCACCAGCUGUCGGAAGAGACGUUGAAGGAUUUGGAAGAGCAAAGGAAGAAGGAUGGGUCUUGGAAUCCGGAGAAUCUAUGGUUCUUCACCGCAGACCUUGGUGGACGACAUCGUGGACAUGUAUAAUUACAUCAGAUCUCAAAACCAAAAUAUUGUUUCACGGCCUUUCGAUGCCUGAAUUGAGUCGCUGCAGCGCAAAGGCGUAGCAGAUUAAUGGAUCAGGUCCCUGGCCUACCCAUUUCUGC